CCUGAAUGUUUAUCUCUUUUUUCUCCUGCUCCUAGGAGGCGUGGUACGAAUUCCGUGUCAUGGCCGUCAUGGAUGAAAUGAUCAGUGAGCCUAGUAACGUAGUGGGAGUGUCCAGCACAGACGUCUUCCCUCCUCCAGAGAUGGUGGAGGAGCGUGGACUGGCACGACCUGUGGUGGCUGGCAUUGUGGCUACCAUCUGUUUCCUGGCAGCAGCUGUCCUGUUCAGCACGAUGGCUGCCUGCUUCGUCAACAAGCAGCGCCGACGGAAGCUUAAGAGGAAAAGAGACCCCCCUCUUUCGAUAACCCACUGCAGGAAAAGCAUGGAAACUCCGUAAGUGGCCCCUACAUGGCACACAACACUGUUUCACUGUUUCACUGCUACACUGCACAGUACUCUACAACAAACCCAU